GAUGUGAGUUUAAAGUGGCACGAAUGUGGGGAUGUUGAGGCUGAGCUCUGUUGUCGCCAAAGCUCCCGACGGCCAUCACUGGGCUCCAGGAGGUUUAAAUCCCGACCCCCUGAUGUCCACGCCUGAGGUGGAGGCCACGUAGAUGCUGCUGAUGCUGCUGAUGCUGCUGACAAAGCUGACCACACCAGAGGCAGUGACACUAGCCACAGACUCCAGUGUUGUGGAGCAAUGGGACGACUUCAUCAUGCAUCAGCAACACGAGCAACAGGAAGAGCUUUUCAGCUUGAUUUAUCUUUUCACUGAACAGACUGCAAUGAAAUGAUGCACUGAUCUUUGAUGUGUGGGUGACUCCAGCUGGUCAUCUGGCUUUUCUUGGAAAGCCACCAUGUGAUUGACUUCUAUGGUUCUGAGAAAAAUAAAACAAGCUUGCAUUGAUGGCCAAAAUCUCACUAUUUUAGAUUUAGACAUGUUCCUUUCAGGAUGAACUGUAGUGGUGAUCGCUUAGCUUUUCAUCCAGCACCAUCAUCAAGUUGAAGCUUAAUUUACUUUAUCUGUCACCAAAUACCCGGAAAACUAACAACACCAUCAGCAGUACAGCGCAGUCAUCGAUUGUUAGCAAAUGUCUGCGUGCUAACAUGCUAAACUAUGAUGGUAACUGCGCUCUUCACAGCGCCCUCUAACGGUCGCGAUCAGAAUGACGUGACGUCACGCCGCCAUUUUCGUCUGUUACGCCGAGUCACCGGCUGGGCCCGUUCAGAGACUCGCACACAGUGUUGGUAGCCUUGAAGACGAACCGACGGACUCACACUAUGCUGAAAAUAUCAAUUGUGAAGGUUGAGAAUCCGUCUUGCCUCUGGGGGCGGGUUGUUCAGGGUGCCGGCGUUGACGCGGCCACCACAGGACGGUACAACAAUCUGCUGACUCAGAUGAACCUCUUCUACAAUGACGUCAGCCAGGACCUGCGGAGGCUGAAGCCCACAUCGUUAGCGGACGGACAGGUGUGUGUGGUGUACUGGCCGGUGUUGAAGUCGUGGUGUCGGGCUGUGGUAGAGUCGCUCAUUACGGACUCGGUGUCCUGCCAGGCUCGCUGCCUCCUGGUGGACCACGGAGAACGGCUGGUUGUCUCCUCAGACCAGAUCCGAGUCGCUGUGCAGAACUUUCUUCAGCUGCCUUUCUGGAUGAGGAGGUUCCACCUGGCGGGGAUCAAACCCACAACCCUGCGAGUGUCUGUCUAUGAGGAGAAGGCAGAGCUCAUUCCGGCCACUCAGUGGGACAGUUCUGCUACGCUGUACCUGCACAACCUUCUGCAAGUGUCGACCUGGACAGAAGCUGUGGUGCUGGAAUCUGGGUCAGACUCCACUGCGGUUGAGCUCUACCUGACAGUGAGGAACGUCAAGAUUUGUGUGAACGACGAUCUGGUGGCCAAGAAGUUUGCUUUGUAUGUCAGAGAGUCAGCUGAUGGCAGCGGGCUGGAUGAGGUGGAUCAGUUUCCUGUUAUGUUGUCGUCCAGCAUCUUAAAGCAGAUUGUCUGCACAACCUCAGACAAGCCGGUCGCACAAGCACAACCAGCCCCCGGUCUGGCUGCCACCGGAGGAUGUGAUGGGCUGACGGCUGCCCCGACGCUUCAGGUCAGCAGCUGUGCUCACUGUGUUCCUGUCAGUUCUCCAGCCAACAUCCACGCCUCCUCACCUCUGACCUCUGUGCUGCUUUAGAGCCAACGACACGAGCUGAAGACAUCUGAAGGCAGCAGGUCAGAGGUCACAGAAGAACAGCUGUAUCUAGGCUGCCAACCAGAGAAGGGCUCCGAUUCUGUAGCUGUAGACAGUGACUCCUCAGAGGACACUGACUCGUCUCUGGCUGCAGCUCUCACCAAAGACCUCAGUCUGUUCAGGUUCCUGAAGUUUCUGAAUCCCGGCAGCAGCUGCCAGCCGGAAGCUCCCAGUGUGAGAAAACAGGAGAUCAGUGAUAAUGAAGAGCUAAAAGACUGUCAGCCUGAAGAGAUGACUGCUGCCUCCAGCACCUGCACAAGACAGGAAGUCAGUUUAGCAUCAGCUGAGGAAGAGAAGACAUGGAGGAACAAGGAGGACCAGACCUGUUCACGUCUUCUGGAGUGGCUGAACCCAGAACCUCUGAACCCUGAUUCCGACCCUGCAGACUCUGUGGCGGUUCCCGCUGAUCCCAGGAGCUCUGGGGUUCUGGUGCACGCCGCCCUCCCAGUGGAGCCCUGCAGCAGCCUGGAUGACGCCCCCAUUGUUAAAGCUCUCUGCUGGGUGUUGCGGAGAAUGCAGCGCGACACUCUGUCUCCAGCUGAGCGUUACAGCUGGCCAGCUGUGGCUCGGGGAUGCAACACUUUCAUCGUCUCACAUGACGCCGAGCAGCCGCUCGGCUACCUCGCCCCGCUCCUCACCCACAUCCUGCUCAACUCCGUCUUCUCCUCCUCCACCACCAGCAGAGGGCCUGUGGCGGUGCUGCUGUGUCCUGGCUGGGAGAAGGUUCACAUGGUGUAUGACCUCCUGCUGGAGAUGAAAGUCGCCCCCACCCUCCACCCUGGUAUCGCACUGCUGGGCGUCGGCAAAGACGAGGCCAAGGCUGUCAGAAUCCCCAAAAACUGCCUGCUGUUAGUGACCACUCCCUUCACUUUGGUGCGCCUGCUGCCCUGCCACUGCUUCCUGUUCCUGCGUCUGUACCACCUGGUGCUGGACGAGGCUGACAAGCUCUUCACUCUGGCUCCUGACCAGAUGGCGACCAUCUUGCAGCAUUUCCAAAAGGUGACCUCCAGCGAGGAGAAAGCUUCCUGUCCUCGGCAGCUCGUUGCCGUGUCCAAAAGAUGGACCAGUGACAUGGACGGGUUGUUGGUCAAUCACAUGCCGUACCCCUGCAUCGUCAUGAGUGUCCCUGAGGAGGCGGCUCUCUAUGGUGACGUUCAGCAGAUCAUCCUCAUGACUCUCGAGAGCAGCAAGAUGUCCAUCCUGCUGGGUGCGUUGGAUUUCAAUCCCAGCGUAGGCCAGAAGACUCUGAUUGUAGCCAACUCCGCUCAGGAGGUGGAAGAUGUGUUCAAGGCUGUGAGCAACAAAUCAGCUUUCUGCCUCAGGAGCCACGAGGGGUUAACUCACCAGUUUGACUUUGUCAUCCAGCAGUGGAGGAGAGACAUCAGCCCCGGCACUCACGUUAUUCUGGUGACCACCAACGAGUGCCUGAAGUGUCUGGGAAUCAGAGACGCCACAUGUGUCGUCCACUAUGGCUUCCCUGCUUCCCCCAGAGUUUUCGGCAGCCGACUCUUCUGCAUGGCCGAGAACUUCAGGAACCUUUCUGAACGACUUCCCUCCCAGGAUCAGACGCAGAGCUGCCCUCGCCUCACCAGGUCAGUGCUGCUGAUCUCUGAGGAGAACGCUCGUCAUGUGGUCGGGGUUCUGCGUUACCUGGUACGAACCGACGCCCCGCUCCCCCCUGAGCUGCUGUCCUUCGCCCGGGGUGUCCAUGUGGCCCGGGAGGACCAGAAGACCAACCGGCCUCUCUGCAACUACCUGAAGAGCUUUGGAGUCUGCAGAGACCGCGGUGUGUGUCCCGACCGCCACAGAAUAAUUUCUCACCUGGAUCAUUCGGCACUUCCUGCUUCAGGAGUCAUCGAGGUCGUACCUCUCCACGUUAAGACGGCCUCAGUAUUCUAUGGUCGUAUUGUCGGGAAGGAUGACAGUGGUUUUCAGAACAUGGCAGCUGAGAUGACUUCUUACUACGCUGACAAGAAACCUGGAGCCCCGGACGUACUGGUGGGAGGCCUGUACGCCGUGCAGGAGGACAACGUCAUCCACAGGGUGAAGGUCUUGUCGGUGCCAGACAGAAGUGGUCUCCUCUUUUUCAGCGUCUUUGUUUGGUUUAUUGACGUGGGAAAAGAGGAGGAGGUGAAAUCGCAUCAGAUCCUCCAGCUGCCGCAGCAGUUUCAGUCCCUGCCCGAACAGGCCAUCGAGAUCAUCGUCUGCCGGGUCAAACCGGCUGAUGCCGAGACUGACUGGCACCCUAAGGUGACCAGAGCGCUGAGCCAGAAGAUCCGAGGUCUGCAGCACCGAGCCAAAGUGGUUUUCAGUCUGGGAAACACCAUCUUUGUUGAUCCCAUGGUUCGUGUCAUUCAGGUGCCAGGUAUGAGAAGUGUGAUCAAUGAAUACAGCGUGCAGUCAGAGAUCCUGAACACUGGGAUGGGAGUCAGCAACCCAGAGCACGUGGACCUGCUGAGGGCGCUCUUCCAGGAGCAGGGUCACCCUUGCGGCUCGGGAAACGGUCUGCCCUCUUUGGAGGUCCGGAUCAAAUCUGAGGAGGAAGUCCUGGCCAAAGCCUUCCGAUCGACCAAGGUCAGUGGGCUGGCUGCCCUCCCUCACUUUGAACCACCGCUCAGCCCGGCAGCAGCACCAGUGGCUGAUCCCCGCUCGAGUCCAGAGUGUGACCAGAAAGUCCUGUGGACCAACAAGGCAGCUGCCGGAUGGACAAACCGCCCCAGGGCUGACCUGGAGUCAGCUGAGCAGAUGAUGAGGUUGGUAUCUUCACAGAGGAGCUGGACGAUCAGCACACCGAGCAGUGAUGGAGACCCCCCCUCUGCGAUCAGCCACACUGCUGCUGUCAGCCCCCGUGGAAAUGGUGACGUUGAGAGAGACGACCCUCAGCCCAUCUGCACUGAGACAGACCACCACAGCUCCACGAAAAGUUUCCACCCUCAGGUGCGCUGGUACCAAACGUCCGACUGUGUGAUGGUGACAGUGAAGCUGACGAGCCCAGAGAGUCAGCGCUGUGACUUCCUGCCUGACAGAGUCACCUACAGUGGCCGAGCGAACGGACGGGCCUACAGAGCCGACCUGGAGCUUCACGCCAACAUCGCUCCUGAACGCUGCUGCUGGGAAAUGAAGUCCAAUGAGCCAGUCCUCAAACUGGUCAAACAACAACAGGGGUACUGGCAAAGACUCCUGAAGAACAAGAAUAUUUUUGUGAGUUACGACAUGGAGCACUUUGAAGAGGAUGAAGACAGAACCUCAGACGGUCCGAGGUUUGUGGAGGACACAGGAGAGGACAACUGGUACGUGAAGUCAGACAGCAGCAGUGAGAGCGACUGAAGGGGAAAGAUGUCAGGCGUCACGUCUGUGCUGACGCUCGUCAUCUGUUCAUAUGUGAGGCUCACAGCGGUAACAUCAGC